AAUAGUUUUCUAGAAUCUCUGCGUGAUAAUCGUGAUGCCGUAACACACUUGUCCCAUCGUACUCUUACUAAUUGUAUGCUUCAGUUGGAAGCUAAAGAUAACGCUCUUUCCCAAGUCUUUGUUCAACAGGGUUCAAUAUUCGAUUCCAAUCGUUAA